AGAGAGAGAGAGAGAGACAGAGACCAUGUCUCCCAUUCACCUCACAUGGAACGAAUGCCUCUCUGGUAUCUUCGGCUCGAUCUCGUUGGCCGCCUGGAUUUUCCUUCUCGUGCCGCAGCUGAUUGAAAACUACACCAACGGCCAUGCCGAUGGCAUCUCGCUGACUUUUCUCUUCAUCUGGUUCAUCGGCGACAUCACCAACUUCGCCGGUGCCAUUUGGGCCGGUCUUGUGCCCACCGUCAUCGCCCUCGCCGUGUACUUUUGCUUUGCGGAUCUCAUCCUCAUCGCACAAUGCGUGUACUAUCUCGGGCUCAAGAAGAAGCGUGCAGCGCCGCAGGCAGGGGAGAACAACAAUAACAACAACAACCACAGCGUGGCAGUGGGAAAUGCCGUCAUGCAGAGGACGGAAAGCAGCGAGGUCACCCCGCUGCUCAAUGGGAACGCGAAUGGAGGAAGCAAAGGUCCACAGAGUCCUACGAACUCUGCAAAGAGACGCUUGACAGACGUGACGGAGGAUAAUCUGGGGCUGCCCGGAUCUAGGAGAUCGAGCAAUGCCAUGCAGAGGCAGCGUACCAACACGAAUGAGCGCCGAGACAGCUUGACCAAGAUUCUGGAAGAGCCCACUUCGACGCGAACGUGGUUGAAGAAUAGCUUGUCCAUCUUCUUGGUCGCCGCUGUGGGCGCUGCCGGCUGGGCAGUGGCCUACAAUGCAGGAGCCUGGAGACCUACACCCGUGGGACAAGAAGGGAGUGAGGAAGAAACGCCCAUUGGAGCGGAGAUUUUGGGAUAUAUCAGUGCCGUGUGCUAUCUGGGUGCACGCAUCCCGCAAAUCAUCAAGAAUCAGAGGGAGAGAAGCUGUGACGGGUUGAGCCUGCUGUUCUUCCUGCUCAGUCUACUCGGGAACUUGACAUAUGGCGCUGGAAUCCUCUUCCACUCGGUGGAGAAGCAAUAUGUCAUUACCAACUUGCCCUGGCUCAUCGGCUCGCUCGGCACAAUGGUAGAAGAUGCCAUUAUAUUUGUGCAAUUCCACGCCUUCGGCGAGAAGGAUUCGGCGGCUGUCGUAUGAAGUCAUGAGUGUGACUAAAUUCGGGGUAUACAGGACUGUACGAUACAUUAUAGCAUUGGAGAAGGCGAUUCACUGGGUGGCAGGUCAGGUAGGUAGGUACCUGUCUGUAAGUAAGUAUUCUGCUGGCAGCGAUAUCCGCAAGGAAAGAGGGAGAAAUUGUCGAGUGUCAAUUGCAUGCGCAAGUUCCUCGCAUGUAGAUUCGCGCGACUAUACUAUUCCGAAGAAAAUAUGAAAUAAUUUAAUAAGGCGUACGGCACAGCCAAAAUAUUAUACCUAUCACAGCAGAAGAUGUCCC